AUGGCCGAUACUAAGUCGCGCCCUCUGGCUCCGGCCCCUGCUGGUGCCAAUGCUGCCCUCGACAACCAGCAACGCAGAAAGAAUGUUGGCACUGCGUGUGCCGCCUGCAAAGCGCGGAAACUGAAGUGUACCGGAUCCGUUCCCUGUGCCAGCUGCGUCAAGAGCAACGUCGAAUGCACCCUCGACAAGAGCGCCGACAAACGUCGCCGGGGCGCCUUGAAACGCAAGAUCGACGAACUGGCCGACAAGGAGGAUUUGUUGGAACGCCUCGUGCUAGCUAUUCGCGAUGGCGGCCACAACCGUGUCAUGCCUCUCGUCGACCUCAUCCGCGCCAAUGCUACGCUCGACGAGAUUCGCCAACACAUCGUCGUUCAUGUCCCCCGGUCGGAAUUGGCGCUGACGCCCGACCUGGUUCAAUUGAGCCGCGACGUCCAUCAUCUCCAAGCUUCCGACCGCUCGCGGCCCAUGCGCCGCAUUCUGGAGGCCAAACGGGUCGCCGACUCGCCGCGCUAUUUGGUGCCGGCGCAACCUUGGACCACAGUCACGUCCGAUGCACAUUUUGUUUCCCACUUGAUCUCUCUUUGGUUCACCUGGUCGCAUCCCUUCGGCAAUUGGAUCGAUCGAGAUUUGUUCCUACGGGAGAUGCAGACCAGCAAGCGGUCGGGGCGUUUCUGCUCGCCGUUCCUGGUUAAUGCUAUUCUCGCCGAUGCCUGUACCUAUUCGGACUACCCAGAGUCGUACAAGAUGCCAGGUGACGCCGCCACCCGGGGCGUCCAUUUCUAUGAGGAGGCGAAACGAUUACUUGACCAGGAGGCCGGGCGGAUCACCUUGCCGACCGUGCAGGGGUUGGGGAUCUUAUGGUUGUGUGCUGCUCGGACCGGUCGCGACCGUCAGGGCUGGAUCUACCGGAACCAGCUUACCUACGCUCUCCAAGAGCUCUUACAGAAGACCUCCACCCUCGUCCACAAUCCCGACCUCGAUACCCUCCGGAUGGUUCAUGGGCUCAACCACACCGUCUGGGGAUUGUUCAACGUCGCCACGAUCCAUGCCCUGACCGACCGGAGCCGCCCGUCGAUCCCCCUGCCCGACCGUCACCGUCUGCCGCCGUUGCGCCAUGAGGGCGGUCCGGAAGACAUUUGGCAGCCCUAUCCACACCCGGCGGCGGGCAUCGCGGGUCACGUGGACUGUCUGUUUCUUGCGCUCUCCACCUUGACGCCCAUCGCGUACGAGGUGACCCGAUUAUUCGAUCCCACACCGCGCCCCGACCUGGCCGCGCGGGUCACGCGUUUGCACGAACAUCUUCAGCAUUGCGCGGACCAAUGGCCCACCUGCCUCAAGGGCACGCGACUGGAGGCGCCGCAUAUCCUGUGUCUGCACAUGAAUUACCACUUGAUUGUGCUCACGCUGUACGGGCUGGUGGUGUCCGCCGCCACACCGCCCUCGCCGACCGACCCGGUCGGGCUGCACGCGUGCGCGGUGCGACUCUCGGCGGCUCGCAACAUUGCCCACCUGAUCUGCAUCCACCGCGCCUGCUGGGGAGUGGAGCGCAUGCCGGUCAGUAACAGCUCCUGUCUGCUGGGCGCUCUGAUCGCUCUGUUGGAUGGGCUGGACGACCCCGACAACCGCGAGGCGUUUAUCACCCUAUGCAUUGCCGCCCGGUCGCUGACGCGCCGAUGGGACGGCGGGGGGGAUUUGCUCGGGAUUGUGCGCACCACGGCCAAGGCGCGGGGGGUGAGGUUGCCCACCGAGACCCAGUCUCUCUUUAUGAACUUGGUUGUGCCGGUAGCGGUCACGCCGCGGUCUGGGGUGGACGAAUCGCCCGAUCGGGCGGAUGAAAGCAGUGUCACCUGAGGUGGCCUAUAAAGUCCAUGUCCUGCACCGCGAUCUAAUUCCUCGAGGGAUCUACCUGGAUCCUCGGAACGGGCAGAUGUGCCCUGAAGCGACCGGCCUGUGCCGGAUCAUGAUCGAGUCGUGAGCCCGGAUUGCUCUCUACUUGAUCUGCGCAAAGAUUUAUCUCCCACUUGGGAUGGAACCGGGAGGGUCCAAGCCCACAAUCGGCCAUUCCCAGGAUUGUCCGGCUAUUAGGUAGCCCUCCACCCAGCAUGUCUCACGCACCCGCACGCGGUUCGCUAUUACUUAAUCAUUUCAUGUCUCAUCUCAUCUAUCAUAGCUCAUUCUACAUCAUCAUCAUCUCCCAUUAUAAUCAUGACCCUUUCCCAAUCACCCCUGCGUAUGUCCACUCCAUUCUCCCCUAGCCACCGAGCUCGGAGGCAGGCAGUCGUCAGACCUUCUCGGUCUUGACUCUAGGCUUCAUCGGAGGA